AUGGUGGUUGCUGGCCCUGGUGGUGGUGGAGGUAUCGGUGGUUUGGCUGACAUGAAGGGCCUAACCGUGCAGGUCCUCACGGGCCGGUGGUUCAUGGUUUUCGCAUCAUUUCUAAUCAUGUCAGCUGCCGGUGCAACCUAUAUGUUUGCACUCUACUCCCCUGACAUAAAAGAUGCCUUAGGUUAUGAUCAAAGCACCCUUAAUUUGCUCAGCUUCUUCAAAGAUGUAGGUUCCAAUGUUGGUAUCCUUUCUGGCUUAAUCAAUGAGGUCACUCCUCCAUGGGUGGUUCUAUCAAUGGGGGCAGUCUUGAAUUUUUUUGGUUACUUCAUGAUAUGGCUUGCUGUGACCAAAAAAAUUACUGGAGUCCAAGUGUGGCAUAUGUGCUUAUACAUAUGUAUAGGUGCAAAUUCUCAAUCUUUUGCCAACACUGGCUCUCUCGUUACUUGUGUCAAGAAUUUCCCUGAAAGCCGUGGGAGUGUGCUUGGGAUCUUGAAGGGUUAUGUUGGUCUUAGUGGUGCAAUUAUAACUCAGUUAUUCCAUGCUUUUUACGGAGAUGAUUCAAAGGCUUUGAUUUUGCUCAUAGGUUGGCUUCCUGCUGCCAUCUCUUUUGCCUUCUUGCGUACCAUUCGAAUCGUGAAGGUAACUCGCCACCCGAAUGAGCUCAAAGUUUUUUACAAUUUUCUCUAUAUUUCUCUUGGCCUUGCUGGGUUUUUGAUGAUCAUGAUCAUCCUAGAGAAAACGCUUAAUUUUACUCGAGGUGAAUAUGAUGUCAGUGCUGCCAUGGUGAUUUUCUUGCUCUUUUUGCCAAUUGCUGUUGUUAUUGUAGAAGAAUACAAGAUUUGGCAGAGCAAAAAACAAGCCUUGAAUGACCCUUCGCCACUGAAUAUUGUCACUGAAAAACCACCUCCAAGCCAAGAAAUUCCUGCCCCGUCUCUGCCCCCACCAUCUUCUUCUAGCGAUCAAAAAUUAGUCACCGCAGACAAGGACGACAAUGUUUCUUGUUGGAAAACUGUUUUUAGACCACCAAAUAGAGGAGAUGAUUUCACCAUACUACAAGCUCUUUUUAGCAUCGACAUGCUCGUCCUCUUCUUUGCCACAAUUUGUGGUGUUGGUGGCACAUUAACGGCUAUAGACAACUUGGGUCAGAUUGGAACUUCUCUAGGGUACCCUAAAAAAAGCACAAGCACUUUUGUGUCAUUGGUGAGCAUCUGGAAUUAUCUUGGUCGAGUUGUUGCCGGUUUUGGCUCUGAACAUGCUUUGAAAAAGUACAAAUUUCCUCGUCCUGUGAUGCUCACUCUAACCCUCCUACUUUCCUGCGUUGGUCACCUCCUAAUUGCCUUCAAUGUUCCUGGUGGUCUUUAUGUGGCCUCGGUAAUCAUUGGUUUUUGUUUUGGUGCUCAAUGGCCAUUACUCUUUGCCAUCAUCUCAGAACUAUUUGGGCUCAAGUACUACGCUACUCUCUACAAUUUUGGGGCUGUGGCUAGUCCUGUUGGGUUAUAUCUACUCAACGUGAAACUCACAGGCCAUUUAUAUGAUAAAGAGGCUAGAAAGCAAUUGGCAGCAAAGGGACUCAAAAGAAAGCAUGGUGACGCCCUAGAUUGCAUUGGCACCGAUUGCUUCAGGCUGUCCUUUAUUAUUAUUACAGCUGCAACGUUGUUUGGUACCAUUGUUUCAUUAAUUUUGGUGCACAGGACUAAAAAGUUCUAUAGAAGUGACAUCUACAAGAAGUUCCGAGAGGCGGCACAGGAAACCGAGACUGAAAUGGCAGUGACCGGAAAUGGUGUCGGACCGACAGAAACAAAGAAUGGAUAG